AUGAGUGAAUACUGUCCUGUUUAUGCACCCUUCUUCGGUACUAUGGGUUGUGCCGCCGCUAUCGUCUUCAGUUGUCUUGGUGCUGCUUAUGGUACUGCCAAGUCUGGUGUUGGACUUUCCGCUAUGGGUGUCUUGCGUCCUGAUUUAGUUUUGAAGUGUAUUGUUCCUGUCGUCAUGGCUGGUAUUUUGGGUAUUUAUGGUGUCGUCGUAUCUGUGCUUUUAUCUGGUGGUCUUGCCAUGAAGCAAACCCUUUUCAGUGGUUUCAUCCAAAUGGCCGCUGGUCUCUCCGUUGGUCUUUCUUGUCUUGCUGCUGGUAUCGCCAUUGGUAUUACUGGUGAUGCUGGUGUUCGUGCUACUGCUCAACAACCUAGAAUGUUUGUCGGCAUGAUUUUGAUUUUGAUUUUCGCUGAAGUCUUGGGUCUUUAUGGUCUUAUUGUUGCUUUGAUUCUCAACACCAAGGCUUCUGGUCAAGAGAAUGUCUGUAUCUAA